UGUGAAGUCAUCUCCGCCUCAGGAAAACGUCGAGACUGCACACGUACGUACACGUAAUGUUGGGAGUGCCCCGGAGUUGGUAGGGCACGGAGUAACACCUGGAAUAAUCCUAAAUCGGAAUAAAGUUGCUGAGCGGCGGCCUAGGAACCCAGCCGAGCGCUCCGUGGGUUGGACGUUUCGACGAAGAAUCUACUGUCACCUAACUGUGUUCCUUUCGGCCUUCGCUUCGAAGAGACUGGAGUCCUCGGGUUUGACCAGCGCAGCGCCCCCGGUGUCGCUGAGGAGCGGGGGAGCAGGCAAGGAGACGGGGCGUCUGGCUAACUGACACCGAGACACGACGACUGAGUUCCCGCAGCGGCCAUCGACGAUUGCACCUCCGCGUCUCGCAGUUUCAUGGACUCGCUUGUCCAGCUUCAUCAGUUAUUACGAUAUUUUUUUACCUCAAUGUAUGGAGGUACCAAACCAAAGUUUCUCUCUCGGCGGAUCAUCAUGUUGCCGCUGAGCUAACUGGUUAACUCUUCAUGACUGGCUGGAAUGUAGCUAGCUUAGCAUAGCUUAGCAUAUAGCUUAGCAUCGUUAGCGCCACCACAGACAGACGGCAGGUUUGUUUGUCGGUUUUCUGAGGGACUCCUCGGCCCACGCAGGAGACUUUGGGUCACCCACGACUGAAGGGAAGAUCCGGCUGCAGUUAUGUGUUACCAGUAAACACGGUAGCGACCGAUCAUGUCGAAUUAUUUGUUGGCUUACUUCUUAUUUAUAGUUCUGUUUACCAUGGCAGAUAGCUAGUUAGCUAGCCUUCGUGUCUUCUGUGUGAAAUGUACAGAGUCCUCAGUUUGUCUUCGCUUAGUUUGUGCUCUCUAUAUUUACUUGUCAGGCUUGUUUGUGUUAAAGGUCUUGGCCACGUCACCUCCCACUUUUUAUCACUGAUGAACUUGACACAAGGAUUCACAUUUGCUGAAUUACUAAGAAUUUAAUUCAGCAGGCCUGGUUUUAUCAGCACCGGCUAAAGAGCCUUAAAGGGCAAAGUUUGCCUGAGUGACGUCGCUCUGGUCCAGCUGUCUGGAUCCCAAAAAAAUACUGAUUGGGGCAAGACGGGGCAUCCAGGAACACAGUCCAUAACCCCUCACCAGCCAAGAUGAACCGGUACCUGCCUGUCGCCCGGCAGCAUUUCUUUGCUGCGUUUGCCAGCACCAGUGUGGUGGUGAAGUCCAUCAGUGCCACGGUCAUACUGCUCUACCUUCUCUCCUGGGUCGUGGACACUGUGUACGUCCUGGGGGUCACACCCGGUUACCUCUUCCCUCCUAAUUUUUGGAUAUGGACCCUGGUGACCCACUCGGUCGUAGAGCAGCACCUGUGGGACAUGGCAGUCAGCCUGGGCACGGUGAUUGCUGCAGGCCGCCUUCUGGAGCCCCUGUGGGGAGCGCUGGAGCUGCUCAUCUUUUUUGCUGUGGUGAACGUCUCUGUGGGUGUCUUGUCAGGCUUUUCUUACCUGCUCACUUAUGUGGCUAGCUUUAACCUGGACUACCUGUUUGCAGUCCACAUCCAUGGGAUGCUGGGCUUUCUAGGUGGUGUGCUGGUGGCCCUCAAGCAGACCAUGGGGGACUUAACAGUGCUGCGGGUGCCGCAGGUGAGGCUGAAGGUUGCCCCCAUGCUGGUUCUUCUGACGCUUGCCGUGUUACGUCUCACCACUUUGCUGGAGACCACUGCUCCGCUGGCCUCCUAUGGAUACGGUCUGCUGUCAGGUUGGGUUUACCUGCGCUUCUAUCAGAAGCACAGCCGUGGACGGGGGGACAUGUCGGACCACUUUGCCUUUGCCUCCUUCUUCCCGGAGAUCCUGCAGCCUGUUGUGGGCCUAGUGGCAGGCCUUGUACAUGGUCUCCUGGUCAAGAUCAGAGUGUGCCGUAAGAUGGUGAAGCGCUAUGAUGUGGGGGCUCCUUCCUCCAUCACCAUCAGCCUGCCGGGCACCGAUCCCCAGGAUGCAGAGAGGAGAAGACAGCUAGCCCUGAAGGCCCUGAACGAGCGCUUGAAGAGAGUGGAGGACCAGUCCGCCUGGCCCAACAUGGAGGAUGAGGAGGAAGAUGAGGAGAUUGUGGUCCGAGCAGACACCUCGCUGCCGUCAGAGAGGGAGGCAUCAUCAACCCCAGGGGGUGCUGGUGCAUCCCAGAGCCCCGUGGUACAGGAGUCCAGCAUCAUCAGCUUUGAAGACGCCCCUGCCAAGUCCUAACGGUCACCACGGGGUCAAUACAUCCCAGCCUUUGUUGCAUCCCAAUCACUAAAGGAGCGUGAGCUUCCAGGAGCAGGCCGGGCAGGACUGGAAGUGCAGCAGGAGCUUUGCUGUAUAAACACAUGUACGCAAGUUCACUCUCAAACAGUCGCAUUUUCCCAGGCUGCCUGGCGGGAGAAGGAUCCCUGGCACAGACUAUUUUUGACCAUAAAGCGACUUGCAAGCAGCACACAUUUUUUUUCCCUUUUACUUUAGUCUGUGGGGAUACAGGUUGGGUACAGAGGCAGCACAAUGAUCAUCUUGUUUUUGUAAGUCAGUAAUUAGCUAAUUGGUUAGCGGCAAGCUUCUCGGUCUUUCCGAAAGCAGGUGGCUGAGUUUGUUUCCCAGUGGACAGUGGCUCUGUGGCUCGGCUUGCUCCGGGGUUCCAUUGCCGAAGUCCAUCGUAUGCUUCCUGUCUCUGUGCUAAAGUAAGCUUCGGCUGAAAGCGCCACAGUGUCAGUCUUGUAGGUUAACCUUGUUUCACAGGUGGUCCAGCAUGGUGGUGUCUGGUGGUGUUUCCCCCCCCCCCCCAUAGGAACACAUCUAAACGUACCAUAUGUACUCCCGUUUUCCUUUUUCUUCAAUUAUAAUUCUGUUUGUAUUUCAGUAAAUUUCUGAAGCUGUGAAUUAUGAUUUAACCUUAAUUCUGACAUCCCAGAUCCUUGUUCUUUUUGAUCUGUUCUCCUAAAAAUUAUUUUAAAUUAUUUUCCAAAUUUUAGUGAUAUUAAAGGGGGCAUGGCCACCUUUGCUUUCUUCAGAUUUCACUUUUCUCAGAGUGUAUUGAGAUUUACCUUGAUGUUUAUACUCAUUGUGUUCUUUAAGGGUUAGAAUGUCUAUUCCAAACUGCCCUGAGUAGUACAAGUGAUUAAACUACAGACAAUAUAUACAGCAUACAUUUUCUUUUCCAUUACCAACUGUUUAAGUGCUCUCAUUUCCUGACAAGUGUGGGAACUGAUUUGGUCCAGUCCUUCAGCACCUUUAUAAACUUUUUGGAUAAACUAUGACUAAAAGCACUCAACUCUGUAUAAUGUACUCCCAUGGAUUGUAGAAAUCUAAUGUACAGAGUGUUGCAACUGGACACCCAAAAUGGUAAAAUUAUGCCAUUUUUGUGUGUAAAUAUGGCACUGCUGUGCAGCGGAAGAUGUUCUUUCUUGAAUUGGAUUCUCAUCACUUGUGAAACUUUCACAGUAGAGAGAAAGCCAGAUGCUGUUGUUGGAAUAGGUUUCUUUUUCUGUCCCUUUGUCAACAGAAUAAAGGACCUUCUAAGUA